CUCGGCAGCAGCUGCCGUCACCUCCUCCUCCUCCUCCUCCUCCUCCUGCUCCUCCUGCUCCUCCUGCUGCUCCUCAGAGGCGCCGCGUUACUGACUCCACUGCUGGAUCCUGGUCUCCGUGGACUCAGACUGAUGGAUCGCAGCUGAGAUAACGUCCUCUCCGUCUCCGCCGAGCUGCUGCAGCGCCGCGCGCGCGCGGGAACGACGUGGGCUCUCUGCAGCCGAAGACUAGAGGAAUUCACCCCCCACCCCACCCCCCUCCUGCCUCCUCAUCUGCUCGCCCACCAUGGUCCCACUGCUGCCCCCCAGGAAGGAUGUGAGCUGAAGGAGCUGUCCGUCCGUCGUGGUGCUGACGCGGCCGUGACAGCGCGAGCAUGGCCGCCGGGAAGCUGCUGCUCUACGCCGGGCUGUCUUUGUCUCUGUGCGCCUUGGGCAUGCUGGCCGUGGCGAUGUGCUCCGACCACUGGUACGAGACCGACGCCAGGAGGUACCGGGAGCGGUGCCGAAGCUUUUCCAGCCGCCGCAAGGACCCGGGCUUCAUCUACAUCCCCAACAUCAGCCUGCCGCUGCGGGCCAGCCAGAGCGGCGCGCCGCGCUGGGAGGAGCGGCUGCUGCCCGCGCGGAGCCGCCGCCAGCUGUUCGCCAUGAGCGCCGCGGACGAGUGCAGCCGGCACCACAACUCCACCAACAUGGGGCUGUGGAGGCGCUGCCACCGGGCCGGCUUCGACCACGAGACGGAGGAGCUCAUCAGGAAAGGCUCCACAGCGAGGUGUUCCUACAUCAAGUAUCACUACUCCUCAGCAAGCAUCCCCAAAAACCUCCCAGAGGACAUCACUAAACCAAUAAGGCAGGAUGAGUGGCACUCCCUCCACUUGCGGAGGAUGACGGCGGGCUUCAUGGGCAUGGCCGUGGCCAUCAUCCUCUUCGGCUGGAUCAUCGGCCUGCUGGGCUGCUGCUGGGACCGGGGCCUCAUGCAGUAUGUGGCGGGGCUUCUGUUCCUCAUGGGAGGAACCUUCUGCAUCAUCUCCCUCUGCACAUGUGUUGCUGGCAUUAACUUCGAGCUGUCGCGUUACCCCCGGAACCUGUACGGCCUGCCCGAUGACAUCGGCCACGGCUACGGCUGGUCCAUGUUUUGUGCCUGGGGAGGCCUCGGACUCACCCUCAUCUCUGGUUUCUUCUGCACCCUGGCGCCCUCCGUCCAACCUUUACCAAGAUCCACCUGCCCCAAAUCCCGGCAAGAGAACGGCACCGUCUGCUAAAGGAGACGCGGAGCGCUGCUGACUGAGAACAAAAAGGAAUAUAGAUUUCUGUGUUCAUCGGUCUGCUCAUUACCAUCCUCCCCUGGUUCCAGUUUUUUAUUUGUGCGUGUGUUUAAAAUGGCUGUCUUGAUAAUCUGUUAUCUUGAAAAACACGAAGAACUUCAGAAGUCUUCAAAAAAGUCAAAAUUGUGCUAAUUUUGAUGUUGAACGGAAGAUCUCAGACAGUCUUCAUGGAAACAUGAGAAUGAGCUCAGAGAGACUUUCAGAGAGAUCAGACUACUGGAUCUAGUGAGGACCUGGAGGUUCUGCGGUGACAGAAUCGUCGGAUUUGCAGGUUUGGACUUCAGUUGGCUGGAGGCUCUCAUCCAAGCUCCUCCGGUUCCAUGUGACAGGCGAGCCUUAAGGUGUCAAAGACCUCCACCCAUGUACAAUGUUGUACAGAAUAACAACUGACCGCUGUCAUCAGGCGCAGUCCAUUCCACCAGGGGAACAAAUCGGCCUCUUAUCAUUUUAUACACACAUUUGUCAUUUCCUGUUGUGUAUUUUACUUCAAACUGAACCUUCCAUGUUGUGAACAAACUGUUGGCCAAGUUCAAGACAAAUGCUUUCUGUGGCAUUAUUUUUCUUUUACUCACAGAGAUGGGUGUGUGUUUAACCUGGGAUCGGGUCAUGGGGGCAGCAGUCUCUCCCACCUCCUCUAGGACGAAACAGGAGUGUUUCCCAGCAAACAGAAAUAUAAUCUUUGAAAAGUG